UUUAAAGUAUAUCAUUAAUAUUUAAUGUACACAUUUUUAUUGUAUAUAAUGUAUACAUAUGUAUAUAUACUAAGAUAUAUAGAUCAUAUUCAGUGUAUAUAACUUAUAUUCACCACAUAAUCUGUAUUUAUCCUUUAAAAUUCAUAUUUAACGUGUAUUUUAUUUUUAAUGUUGAUAACUUAUGUAUGCACAUGCAUAUUUAAAUAUGUGGGUAGUUAUUAAGGACGGAUUAUCUUCUGAGGACACUUGAAUAAAACAUACAUUUUAUAGACAUGUUUCAAUGUUACGUAGUCCCUGACUUGUAUGAUAUAUAUUAGUUUAGAUAAUGUAAAUUUGAGGCCAUUUGUGUGGAAAUCAGGAAUCCUGCUUGUCUGUCAGAGCUGCUGGCUCCGGAGGAGGGAGGGAGCUGCGGGAGGAGGGAGUGGCGAGAGCGUUCCUGCCGGCCGCUGGGGCCGCUUGCGCCGCCGGGUUCUUCACCCUCUCCUGUGCCACUCCUCUCCCCUUGUUCGGUCCCGGCGCCUGCCUUUUUUCUUUUUUCUUUUUUCUUUUUUCUCCCCGCGUUCUAGUCCCGCCGCUGCGGCCAUCUCCACCCCUGCCCCAGGGGUCCGUGGACACCCGGGCGGAGAGCCAGCCGAGGCCCGGAGUGGGGCCUGCUGGAGACCGGAGACCAGGCGCUCGCCCGCUGCGUGCCUCCAGAGCAGCUCCGGAACAACUUACUUUCUGUUUCCGUGUCUCUCUCACCGGGUUUGCCUCUCCAAGUAGCUCUAAUCAAGGUUCAAAGGCUAAAGGAAGCCAAGGACAAACCUUCUCUACAAGAUCUAAAAAAAAUAAACUAAAAAGCAAGACUGAAGUCUCACACACUCAAAGGCGAUGCUCAUUAGGCUUGCACAAGUUGAACACACCUGUCAUCUGGCUCCAGGUCAAGAAUUAGGAAAUGGGGCCAACCGUGUGCAUGUCCCAGUAAUUACAGAUUUGGAAACACAUUGAGAAGUCAGCCUGGGCAACCUGCAGGGCACAAGGCACAGGAUUCUGCAUGGCCAUUUGGACUCCCGGGAGGUGAGGACUUGCUUUGAUUCACAGAGUCAGGGUUGAGAUGCCCAGUUGUUCCUCAUCUUGGCUCAGAAGAAGCACCUAGGAAUAAAAGCUUUAAGCGGGUAUUGAGUAUAAUGGACUUAAAGUCCACUACGGGAAACAGCAGCUAGUGACAGGAGAAAUGGCAAAGCGAACCUUCUCCUCCUUGGAGGCGUUCCUCAUUUUCCUUCUGGUAAUGAUGACGGCCAUCACAGUGGCCCUUCUCACCCUCUUGUUCGUCACCAGUGGGACCAUCGAAAACCACAAAGAUUCAGGGAAUCACUGGGUUUCAACCACCCAGGGCCCCACAACCACCCAGUCCUCUCCAACCACACAAACUCCAACCACACAAACUCCAGACCUCCCUCCCUCUCAGAACUUCAGUGGCUACUACAUUGGUGUUGGGCGAGCUGACUGCACCGGACAAGUGUCAGAUAUCAAUUUGAUGGGCUAUGGCAAAAAUGGCCAGAACGCACAGGGUCUCCUCACCAGGCUGUUCAGCCGCGCUUUUAUCUUGGCGGAUCCAGAUGGGUCAAAUCGAAUGGCAUUUGUGAGCGUGGAACUAUGCAUGAUUUCCCAACGACUCAGGUUGGAGGUCUUGAAGAGACUACAGAGUAAAUAUGGCUCUCUGUAUCGAAGAGACAACGUUAUCCUGAGUGCCACUCACACUCACUCUGGCCCAGCAGGAUUUUUCCAAUAUACACUCUAUAUACUUGCCAGCGAGGGAUUCAGCAACCGGACCUUUCAGUACAUAGUCUCUGGGAUCGUGAAGAGCAUUGAUAUAGCACACACAAAUCUUAAACCGGGCAAAGUCCUUAUCAACAAAGGAAAUGUUGCUAAUGUGCAGAUCAACCGCAGUCCCUCCUCUUACCUUCAGAAUCCACCUUCGGAGAGAGCAAGGUAUUCUUCCGACACGGACAAGGAAAUGGUCGUCUUGAAACUGGUGGAUUUGAAUGGAGAAGACUUGGGCCUUAUCAGCUGGUUUGCCGUCCACCCCGUGAGCAUGAACAACAGUAACCACCUCGUCAACAGUGACAAUAUGGGCUACGCGGCUUACCUUUUCGAGCAAGAAAAGAACAGAGGCUAUCUGCCUGGACAGGGACCAUUCGUAGCAGGCUUUGCUUCAUCAAAUCUCGGAGACGUGUCGCCCAACAUUCUUGGCCCACAUUGUGUCAACACAGGGGAGUCUUGUGACAACGACAAAAGCACCUGUCCCAGUGGUGGGCCUAGCAUGUGCAUGGCCAGUGGACCCGGACAAGAUAUGUUUGAGAGCACACACAUUAUAGGACGGGUCAUCUAUCAGAAAGCCAAGGAGCUGCAUGCCUCUGCCUCCCAGGAAGUGACCGGCCCAGUGCUCACAGCUCACCAGUGGGUGAACAUGACGGAUGUGAGCGUCCAACUCAAUGCCACACACACAGUGAAGACGUGUAAAGCCGCCCUGGGCUACAGUUUUGCCGCAGGCACAAUUGAUGGAGUUUCGGGCCUCAAUAUUACACAGGGAACAACAGAAGGGAAUCUAUUUUGGGACACUCUUCGGGACCAGCUCUUGGGAAAACCAUCUGAAGAAAUCAUAGAAUGCCAGAAACCUAAACCAAUCCUAAUCCACACGGGAGAGCUGACAAAACCUCAUCCUUGGCAACCAGAUAUUGUUGAUAUUCAGAUCGUUACUCUUGGUUCGUUGGCCAUAGCUGCUAUCCCUGGGGAAUUUACAACCAUGUCAGGUCGAAGACUUCGUGAGGCAGUUAAAAAAGAAUUUGCACUUUAUGGGAUGAAGGAUAUGACUGUCGUUAUCGCAGGGCUGAGCAAUGUUUAUACCCAUUACAUUACCACAUAUGAAGAAUACCAGGCUCAGCGGUAUGAGGCAGCAUCUACGAUUUAUGGACCACACACCCUGUCUGCGUACAUCCAGCUCUUCAGAGCCCUUGCUAAGGCCAUUGCUACGGAUACAGUAGCCAACAUGAGCAGCGGUCCUGAGCCUCCAUUCUUCAAAAACCUGAUAGGUUCACUUAUUCCUAAUAUUGCGGAUAGAGCACCAAUAGGCAAACAAUUUGGGGAUGUCCUGCAGCCAGCAAAACCUGAAUACAGAGUGGGAGAAGUGGUUGAAGUUGUCUUUGUAGGCGCUAACCCAAAGAAUUCAGCAGAAAACCAGACCCAUCAAACCUUCCUCACUGUGGAGAAAUACGAGGACUCUGUAGCCAACUGGCAGAUAAUGCAUAACGAUGCCUCCUGGGAGACGAGAUUUUAUUGGCACAAGGGAGUACUGGGUCUGAGCAAUGCAACAAUACAUUGGCAUAUUCCAGAUACUGCCCUCCCUGGAGUCUACAGAAUCAGAUAUUUUGGACACAAUCGGAAGCAGGAACUUCUAAAGCCUGCUGUCAUACUAGCAUUUGAAGGAAUUUCUUCCCCUUUUGAAAUUGUCACUACUUAGUGAAAAGUUGACAGAUCUUGAAGAACAGCUUUUCUCUGUGCACAUUAUAGAGUGAUUUCACACAAAUGUGAACUACCAGUUUAAUUUUUGUAAUUGUCUCUGUUUGAGGGACAGAUUGUUUAUUGUGAAUGGACAGAGGUAUGUGUUUGUGUUGUUGUGUGAUUAGGUGCAUGCAUGGUAACAGGGAGAGAGAAUGAGAGAGAGAGAGAGAGAGUGAGAGUGUGCACGCAAGCGACCGAGCGAGAGGCAGAGAUAAAGAGAGUUAUCAGUGAGCAAGAGAAUAUUAGAGAAGAGCCACUGGUAACCAUAAGCCUUGUUAUCUUUAUCUAAAGCAUGAUUUUCCUUGAAGCUUUGUGGUUGUUUAAGAGAUAAUUCCCUCUAAUAUGAAAUCCCUGAUGUGUAGUGAUAGUAUGUGAAGAUAUGUGAAUGAUGUUUAUGCUAUUUAUUUAUAGACUUAUUAAAUGAGAAUACUAGAGAGCUUUCUAGAAGUCCUCUAGAAUGAUACUUGAUUUUACAGAGAGGAAAAAGGAGGUUUACUUCUCAUUAGGUUAGAAUAAGGUUACUAUAUAUUUUUCCUUGGUUAUAGUUACAAAAUAACAUGUAACUUUACCACAAAUAUUUGAGCCCAGCUAAAAUAUACCCAGGAAAUUAGCAUGCCAGGUUUUGGUUUGUUUUUGCAUUCAAACAAGCAUAGUCCUUCUGAUCACUCCCUUUAGAAUGGAUCUGCCUGGCUCAGGGUCAUUGCUCAUGCUCAGAUCAUUUCUGGAAUUGCCUCCCAAGUCCAACUAUGCGAAUGUCACUUGCAGUGCUUUGACUAUGCCUCGUAUUCCUCAAAGUGUCCUUAUCCUGCUAAGUAAUGUCUCUUCUUCCCCAAAUUUACUCUAAGUGAUUUUAAAAUGUUUUCACCAAUCAAACGUACCUCACACUACAAAGCUUUGCCUUGAAUUUAGAUUUUGAAACAAAAGUAUGAAGGCUGGAAAUGUAGUCAUCAAGGGGGAAGUUUUAAAUGUAUCUGUCUGUUCUUUCAUCAGCUACUCACUCCCUCAUGGGGAUCACUGAAUAGUUAUUUAAAACCACAUGUCCAAUGUUGUACCAUUCCUGGGUCUUCACAAUUACAGACAUCAUCAUAAUGAGAUGAUUGGGUAGAUGAUUCCUUUGAAGGGUAAAAUAUUCAACCAGACAUAUAAAUUCUGAAGAGACAUUUGAAAACUAUAAUGCUCAUGUCUCUAUUUUGUGUCUUCUGGGCUGGGUAUUCUCAUUUGGGAGGAAAGAGGGCCCAAACAAUUUUUCAAUAUUAAUCUGAAAGUAAUGUUUUAGAAAUUAUGAUCUAGACAGUCUAAUGAAUGUGAUGGGGCAAUGUAGCAUGAAUUGUCUGAAAGUACGAUUUAAAAUUACUUAGAUUAACUAAUGAAGUCAAUAUUUGAACACCAAUCAGACUUUUGUAGAUAGGUAAAAAGAAAGCAUUUUAGGAGAAACCGAUCUUUAUUUCAAAACUAAAUUUGUCUUAUAAACAAUAGUGGUAAGGUAUACCUUCACUUAUUUUCCCUAUGGUUUACCUACUUAAACACUGUAGAUUGACUCAAAAGGCAUCUGGAGAGUUUUUUGGUGACUCCAUUUCCCACUUGGCAUUUCUAUGGGUAUUAACUGCUAAAGAAUAAACUGAUCUGGAUUUUCAAGGGUGGUGAACAUGUCUCCUGAUGGGAGGGAACACCCUAUUAUGUUCAAGGUUCAAAAUAGUUGAUCUCAGAACAAAAACAAGAACAAGAACAAGAACAACACACACACACACACACACACACACACACACACACACACACUCCCAUGGUAUUAUUUAAAAUUUAUUUCUCAUGACUCAGAACAAUACAAGGGUUUAUUUCCCAUCACCAUUCUCUCCAGUGAAGCUUUUUUCAAAGUCUACAUAGGAGUUUCUCCUUUCUCACUGAUAACUAUGCCACAGUGGCUACUACAUCACUAGUAAUUUACAUGCCCAGCCCUGCAUGGAAAUAAAUCACAGAAACAUAAUUUCCCAGUAGACUUAGUCUCUUCCAGCCUGUGUACUUCUAGUGUUUGCAAUCUGUAAAAAACCAACUAGGUCCCUGCAUUAUCCAACCAUAGUGAUUUACCUGUACGUAAAGGAAACUUACUAGAUAACUAAUCUGGUCAGUUCAUGUAAAGUCACAGAUCUUGUUUAUGUCUCUGUCUAGAAAUAGCUUCAGGAGCCAAAUUACAUGGAGGAACUUCUGAAAAGGGGCACUGGAUGUGGAAAGUGGUUGGUUGGGGUGGUGAGAGCACUGUUUCUGAGAAGGGUUUGUUUAUUACGUCUGACUGUCUGUGCUUUACUGUGCUGUGCCUUGCCUGCUCUGAUUUCAAGGAUUCUGUGAGUCCUUCAGAAGCAUAGAGUAAUUCCUUUUCCAGGUCUAUUUUUUUUUUUGAUGAACAUUCUGUAAAAAACUGUCAGCAUUCAAGAUUAUAUUUAAUAAUAAAUUAAGAAUUAUACUUGGACAAAA